AAAAUGACAAAUGAUUUAAUAAUGAGUGUAGAAUCUGUCUCAUGUUUCCUGUAACACAAUAUGAAGAUCAUUGAGAAAAAUGAAAUAGUUCCUGGCAGGAGAAUCACAAUGAACCAGAAAUCUUUGUGGGUGUGUGUGGGUGUGUGUGUGUUUGGUGUUUAUCAUGUCUACAGAUUAUUUCAUGUAUGAAGGAAUUAUUUUUUUCUAGGUUGGUGUGGAAAAACUCUUCAGACCUACAAGUCAGAAAGAAGAUCGAGUUUUAAUAAACUGAAUGUUUUAGAAAUCAUCCAGUUUUGACUGAUAAAGUAAAAAUAUGUAAAUCCCUGCAUAAGCUCCUUAGAUACAAUAAAAAAUAAUAAAAAAAACACUUUCUGACGAAAUCUGGAUAUUGAGGUGAUUUUCAGACCAGCUGCUGUUGAAUCUUCAUUUACUGCAGACAGAAAGUUUAUGCCAGAGGAUCAACAGUUUGUCUCACGCAGGGAUCCUGAGGGUGUGUUUACAUCCGCUGAAAAAUGUCUCCUUUUAUCUCCACAAAUCACUUCACCGCUGCCAUUUUACUCUGAUUCUGUCCUCAGGUGUCUUUGCUAACAGAAACAUGUUUGUUACUUUUAGUAUAAUUUGGUUUUAGAUGUUUUCGGAGGCGAAAUUCUAGGAAAACUCCCCGCAAGCGGCGCAAACAGACCGAGAAUCUGGCCGCUUUAAAGGCUCCUGGGACGAAGGAGAAACUUGUCGGACAUCAAACAUGAGCUCAGCGUGGAGGAGAGAGACUUUUCUACCUGCUUCAGUAACGUUGGUCUUGUAAGAUGUUUGUUUUCGGAGUGUUUCGAGGCUCAAUGUCGGCGGAGAAAACACAAAGUGGAGCCGCUUUUCGAGGCGGCAGCAGAGCAGCGGGCUGAGUUGUCUCUUCACGGUUCUCAUGUGUGUUAUAAGUCCCGCCUCCCGCUCUGAGCUCCACAAGUUCCGAGGAACGAAACAGACAUGGCAGAGGAAGCUCCAGCAGCCGCGCCGGCUAAGGCUCCGGCCAAAGCCCCGAAGAAGAAGUCCGCUCCCCGGGCCAAGCAGGACGGACCCAGCCUCCCGAAACUCAUCGUGGCCGCCGUGGCCGAGUCCAAGGAGCGCAAGGGGAUGUCCCUGGCGGCCCUCAAGAAGGUGCUGGCCGGGAAAGGAGUGGACGUGAGCAAGGCCAACAAGCGCAUCAACACCGCCGUCACCAAGCUGGUCACCAAAGGGACCCUGAGCCAGACUAAGGGCACGGGGGCCUCCGGCUCCUUCAAGCUCGCCAAGGAGCCCAAAGACGCUAAACCGGCCAAGAAGGUGGUGAAGAAGAAGGCUCCCGUCAAGGCCAAGAAGCCCGCCGCCAAGAAGAGCGCAGCGGCCAAGAAACCCGCCGCCAAGAAACCCGCAGCAGCGGCGGCAGCAGCAGCCAAGAAGUCCCCGAAGAAGGCUCCGGCCAAGAAAGCGGCCAAGAAGCCCGCCAAGAGCCCCAAGAAGGCCGCGGCCAAGAAACCCAAGGCCGCCGCCGUCAAGAAGCCCAAGGCCGCAGCCAAGAAAAGUCCAGCAAAGAAACCUGCAGCCAAGAAGGCCGCAGCGAAGAAGGCCAAGAAAUAAACAGCAGCUUCAGCUUUUUACUCACCAAAGGCUCUUUUA